AUGGCGGCAUCCCAGCUGAGGCCGCCAAGGGUAACAGCGUCGAUAUGCAGCUUGGAGAAGGAGAGUGGGGAACACACAUUCGACUACAGCUACCAGACCGACCUUGAUAGAGGAUACAUCUUGUCUGACAGGUUCACCGUCGGUGGCCAUGACUGGCGCAUCCGCUACUACCCUGAUGGAACCGGCAACGGGGAAGAGUGCAAAGACUACGUGGGAGUACAACUGGAGCUCAUGAGCGUGUUCACCAAGGUGAGGCUGGCGUACGAGUUUAGCCUCGUCGAAGACCAAGCCGCCUUCAAGUCAACGACGACUGUGUUAACAGCUGAGAAUCCCACGUGCGGAACUGACAAAUUCAAGAAGAAGAGCGAUCUGCGUAGGUUCCUUUGGAACGAUUCUCUUAAGAUCCACUGUGUUGUCACUGUUAUCAAGGAAGCACAGCUGAGGGAGACCGCUGUCAGUUCCUACCUCGUCGACGUUCAAGUGCCGCCGUCGACCCUGUCAUCUGAUCUUGGACAGCUGCUGGCCUCCGGGAAGGAUGCGGAUAUCACACGUUCAAGGUUAAAACCAGCGCUGCUUCACUUCAUCUACACGGAUUCACGGCUGAAAGAACACAGGAAUGAGGAAAUCGCUAAGAAAUUAUUGGCGGCUGCCGACAAAUAUGGCAUGGAGAGGAUGAAGUUGUAUUGUGGAAGAAUCCUUUCCGACAGACUAACUGUUCACAGUGUGGCAACCACCAUAGCCCUAGCUGACGACUAUCAUUGCAGGGAACUGAAAGAUGCAUGCAUCCAAUUUAUCCUCUCUUCUACGAAAACAGGGGCUGAUGUAAUCUCAAUUGAAGGGUGUGAGGAACUCGAACUUAAGUAUCCUGGAGUUGUUCUAGAGAUACUGGAAAAAUCCGGAAGAAAAAAAGUAUUCAAGAAGCCAGUUGAAAAGCAACAAGACCCUGAGGAACGACGAUCGGCGGGAAAUCACCGUGGUGAAGGCAAGUUCAAACUCAACCAUAUUACAUUGGAGCAUAAUUUGCAAUAUUAA